GAGAGCUGCGGCGGCGGUCCGUGCCUGCCCGGCGGGUCGAGGCACCGCGCUGGGCUGCCGGCUGCGCGCCUGGAGCCGGGCAGCGCGAUGGAGCCCCGUGCGCGGGGAGCCGCCCUGGCGUGGCACGGAGCUGCCGGAGGAGGAGAGCUCGGUGUGAGGGUGGCUGACUGUGUGAGCCAAGUAGUUGAGGAAGAGGAAGGAAUCCACUUGGAUGACUUUUCCUGGAGGGAGAAGGACUUCUCUGAUCUAAUUGGGAAAAAGUUACUUGCAAUCAUGGACAACUGCAAGAAGCACAUCUAAACUGGAAGAUAGGAGAGGAGCCAGCGUCUUGCCUGGAUAUUAAUGGCAGUGUCUUGUCUGACAGAGAACAGACCACCAAAGCAUGAUGAGCAAGAAAGCAAUUUCUCAUUCCUCCAUACCAGAAGACAACACCAGUUUAAGGUUUGAUGGCUUCUGAGGGUGGCUUGUGAGCUGAAGCUUCUCUCCAAACACAAGGACAGAGGCGUCUGUCACAUAACCCAUGAAGAACCAUCACCUGAAAACUGUGCAUCACCUCGUGAGAAUCUCAGUCAGGGAUCCUUCAGUGUGUGUCACAUGGACAAAAAGAAAGGGGGAAACUCCUCCUGCAUGAACACGGCCGCAGGAUUGUCUUAAAGGUGCCGAGUUCCCACAAUCCAUGUGCAGCACACACGGUCCUCUUCCCACCCAGACCAUCCCAGCAGGAAGUCCUGCUGGGCCAGCUCAGCCCCAUGGGUGCACCUGGCUGUGGACUUGCACUAACACCGCACUGCAAGCAGCACCUGGCUCAUGCAGGACAUGAGGAUCCAUCCCAGUGCAGUCGGACACACCUGGGGAACCACGAGCCUUUCACCAGCUUUGAAAAAGAGUCAAGAGCAAGUGGGACCUCCAGAACAUGCAGCUCUGAGUGUUUGCCCUGCAAAGGGAUCUGGCAGUGCUGGUUCCCACCAACUCCUGUUGCUAAGUAGGGGCCUGGUAAGUUGCAGGCAGACAGCCCUGUGGAAGGCGUACAGAGAGGAGCCCCAAUUACUGCUCACGGGAAAAGGCAGCGUGUUUUGUUUGUGAGCAGUGAAGACACAUGGUCCAAAUUCUGAAGAAUGGCUGCUCAGAAAGCUGGUCCUUCACAUGCUCACGAUUUUAGGAGCAAAUCACAAGUUUGUUGCCACAGUCCUAUUCAGCAUAGUCCAAGUAGCAUCAUUCAUCUGGCAAUCGGGAUCCUUCCAUCGGUCUGGCUGCAGAGAGAAGCAGCUCCGUCCUCCCCAGCACAGCAGCAGGAGCCCAGGGCAGGGCAGGACGGCGCAGAGCCACGCGCAGGCUGUGCUGAGGGCGGCUGCCUGCUGCAGUCCUUGCUCUCGCAGCAGGAUUGCUUGAUGGAUCACCUGGAAAGACAAACCCACUUAAACUUUCCAAGGAUUCAAACAAAUGCCUUAUGGCCCAUCAGGGGAUCUCCCCUUGACAUGUUCCUUUGGAUCAUGUGUUUAAGUCAUCAUUUUCUAUCCCCGCUUUGCAGAUCUGCAGCUUGCUGCUGGGGCACCAUCCGUCCUCAGACAAACCUGCCAGUGUGCUUCACUGAGAGCCCGUGGGCCCCUUUCCCAAGAGCCUACAAUGAGACCAUCCCUCGCUCCUUGAGAGCAAAGGUGAGGGCCUUAACCUGCCUAGAGAGCUGUUGCUGAUGUCCCGGGAGCUGGUCCCUGCCCAGGAGAUGCUCGUUGCUGGUUCACAGAAGAGUUAGUAACAAAAAAUCUAAUUUCAUGUGAAGACAACAGACACUGAGAGCAUUUUGCAGAGAUUUUAUGGUGUCCAGAAUUUGAACUUCCUUUUAUUAAGGCACGUCAGCCAACGUUUUAAAUGGUUUGAAGUUGUAAUCUGUCACUUUGAUCAUCUGAUAAUACUUUCCUUCAGUUCUGACAUGGGUGUUGUUUUGUGGUGCUAACUGAAGGAGAAUUAGGCACGAGUUCAGUCAUAAAAAAGUGAGCUGCUUCAGAACUGAGUAUGUGUCCCAUUCGCUCCUAAGUCACACAGUUCAGAUUCUCAGCUGAUGGAGGAGCAGAGGCAGCAGGGCCGUGGGCUGGGCUGCACUGGAGCACUCAUCGGUUUGGCUGUUUCUUUGCACACCACUGGAAUCAGGAUCCGUGGUACAGACGGGCAGAACCUGCCGGCAGCCCGGAGCCUUUCCUAGGAGCGCAGCAAACACAGCAUGAUCAGCCCUGAUGGGAAUGGCAUCCCUUGUUGGUGACAGUGAAGAAACAGGAGAUGAAUCCUUCUUGCCUGCUUUAUUACUACAAAAACAGCUGAACCAAAGAAGCCUGGUUCUUGGUCAAAAAGAGCAAAGGAGUUGAAAAGCUGCUUUUAUUGAGAGAAAAGAAGGAAUAAAAGAGAGUUCAUUUCUCCCUCAGACAAAAGCCAGACAGUCGGAUACUGAUGUUUUCUGUGCUGACCAGCCACCAGGCAACGAGAUGCUGUCAGCAUGACCCCACCAGCAGCCCCGAGCUCCGCUCCGCCGGUGGCUCUGGCCGUGCAAAAGGAUUUCCAUCCCUUUGAGAGACAGAACUUUUCUACCUCAUAUAUGAUAUAAAAUCAGUUUCAUAAUACAGGCAAAAUCUAUCAUAAUCUCCAUGCUCAGUGCUUAUUUCAGAGCCAGCUGCAGCUGUCACAGCCUAAUACUCUCUGCUUAGAGGUCCGUGUGUGCACAGCUGGCCCCGGCCGAGCACCUGCCCUCGGCCCUCAGUGCUGAGCAGGGAUCGCCCUGCAGGCUCUGGGCUCCGGGACGCGGCUGCCAGCUUUGUUUUGAAACCCUCCAUUAAAACGUGCAGAGAGGAGGGUGCCCUAUUCCAAGAGAGCUUGGCUGGAUUAUUUGGAUUUAGAGAGCAAAGUGUCAGGUUUGUGUUUAAUGAAUAUCUCCAUCAAUCAUCCCGGCUGCCCGUGGAAUAAUUACCUUGCGCAGCCCGCUGUGGCAGGUACAUGCCUGGCUCAGGACACAGAGCAGGCUUUAUUAGAAGCCCCUCUGUAAUACUCGCUGUUAUUAUCAUUUGCCUUCAAUUACGUUCAUGGUUGGUGCUUUGCAAUAGAUGGCUAUUUAUUCCUUCUUGGGCACUCCAGCACACCAGUACCUCACAUUCCUGCAGUGUUGCCACCCAUGGGUGCUCACCCCGACCUCUGAGGCACACAAACAAACCUUGCCAGAGGCAGCAGUUACCACCAUUUUCGGUGAAGUGCAAACCAGAAGGAGCUCAUUCAGGUCCUUUUAGUGUCUCAGCAGCGCUGACUUGGACUCUUUCAUGCUCACAUGUCCAUGUGAGGACACCAACAGCCCUGAGAGGCAACGGAGACAAGCUAGGCUAAUUGUGUAAAAGUAAUUCUUAAACAAUUACAGACUCAUUCUCUGUGCAGUCUCCAGUGCCUGCAGACCCCUCAGCAAUGAAUUUGGCCCCUUUCACCCCUGCCCUCACCAGCCUUUAUCCCUAAGUGUCAGUAGGUUGAAAUGCCCAAGCCCAAGGCUUUAAAGGACUUUACAAGUUGGGUUUACUAGCUCCAUAAAACUACAAAUUCUCCCUCCUCACUGCAGAAUUACCUUGUAAAACAUGUUCUGUAUUGUUUCAGUCUGACGGGACAGGCAGCAAAAGCAAGGCAGUGUCUGAAUGGCAGCAAGCAGCGGAGGGAAUGCAUCUGGUGUUGGGCAGGGCUGCAAGUUGGGAGAGGAGAAAGCAGGGGGUGGACAUGGUUGGCUUCCUUGACCCACUUCAGGCCAUUAACGCUGCUAAUUGCAUGCUAGCGGUCUGCAGAGUUUGUGUGCUUCAGCUUGCUUUCUGUGUUUAGGUUCAGGUUACCUUGAAUAGCAUCCGAAAAGAAAGGAAAUGAGCAGCAGCCUCAGCAGAUGCACCUUUGGGAGCAAACGCUGAGUGAUGUACAAACAGGGGCCUGUUGCUGGAUGUAGUUUUAAAGAUGUCUCCUAAAAUACACUUGUUCCCAGAUAUGAUGACAGGUAACACAAUCUCAAGGGCAACCUUAGAGUAAGAAGGGAUGGAUAAAGCUCUGCCAAGUCAGGUGGCAUGCAGCUGCCCCAGCCCUGCAGUGCCUGGCGCUCUGACCCUUGCAGCACUUGCUGAGGGGUGACAAGCUGUGGCUGUUCUGAUGUAAAGGACUCGUGUCAGGGCCACCGUCCUGUGGAGACCACAGAUGUCUCCAGGAGACACAGCACAACAGCUUCCCUCAGCAGGUCUGAGGUCUCACAGGGGCCAGACCAUUUUGAGCUGUGCAGAAAAGCUAUAAUCUUCCCCAAAUCCUUUUAUGCAUUCGUGACAGGAUUUAAUUCUGCCCCUGUUACUGUGCAGGAAGAUUACUGGCAUUUUUUGUUUUUUAAAGCUUUCUCCUUUUGAUAUAAAACUCAGCUGGUUCCGAGCAGGGGCUCAUGGUGGAGGACAGGGAGGGACCCAGGUCUGUAUCUGGUUUGCGAGGACUGGAUGCUGCGAGGGGCGCAGGGUGCAGGGCACAGGUAAGGACUUGGAUUCAAGCCCAGCUUUAUGCCAUCCUGCAACCACCCAAGCCUUUCUCAGAGGGACACCAGGUUUCCAAAGUGCUCAUCACUCCCACCUUCCUCUUUGGCCACAAAGUACCUACCCUCCACGCGGCUUCUUGGCUCCGAACGCUCAUAUUGGCUCUGCCUCCUUCCUCCUCCAGAAUACCUCCCCUGCUGGUCCCUACCUGGCUGCAGGCUCUAGGCUGGUUUCCAGCCCCAGCAGAGGCAGCGGGUGUGGGCAGUGUGCCUGGGGCACGGCAGCUGCCCAGUGGCUACUGGCCCGUUUGGCUGGCUUCUUAAAUCUGCAGGGGCAGUGCCAAUGUAGCUGCAACAUUUUUUAGAUGCUUGAGAGGACAGAGCUGAUAUGUAAUUCCCCUGCUCACCCUCCUGCUAAUUUUGAAUGCAAAAUGUUUACAAACAGCUGCUGCAACAUCCCUGAGGUCCAAAGAAAAAUAUUCUGCUAAGAGGGAAAAAGAUCUUAGCAUGGACUGUGUCCAGGGAUUUUGUGAACAGAGCCAGGAACUUGUUCAGAUGUUUCCCUUCUAGGCUUUGGGUUAACAGGGUCUGUGGAGAUGGGAAGGUUCAUCAUUCCUAGCAGCUGUGACUGCACUGGGGCUGCACUACCACCCUUGGAGAGGAUGCCACCUGCACCCCAGCCUGGCUUAAGGUGCUACCGCAGCAGUAGCCACCACUGUCCGGGUGACAGCUACCUGGUCAAGACCCUACGGCUGUAGCAGCAUCCCUGCUCCCACCCCGGGCGGAAGAGAGCAUGACACACGUUCUCUGGGUGCCACUGGCAUUGCCAACCUCUGCCUCGCUGGCAGCAGAGUGACUCCAGCUGACCACACCAUGUGUUUAAGAGGGCAGUGUCUCCCUGUCCCUUUAUUCACACAUUGCCCCUCUCCUCUCCCUGCUCGGAUCACUUUCCAUCAUGAGGAUGGGCAGAAGGAGCUGCUUUCUCACCCCAGAGAAAGCCAUUGCUCGGCCACAAAACGGGGAGAAAACAAUUUCUGAAACAGAGACAGGCAGAUCCCUCCAGCUCAAGUUUUCUUUCAAAGAGUCUCCCUUUCUGGAAGCGUUUUCCUGCUUUUCUAAAUGGAGUUUCUGAAGGAAGAGAAAGAAGUCCCUGUUCCAGAGGCACGAAGCCCUUUAAAGAUCCUUUAAGUAACAAAGCAAAGAUUAGAGAACACAGAUCAGAUGUUUUUUCUAUCAAAGCCUUUUCUUCCCUCCUUUUUUUCCCCACUGCGGACGCUUCGCGGCUCCGCUGGGCCGGGCUUCAUGAGGGCUGUUAACAUGGCGGCACUGAUGGCUCUGCCCCGCUCACGGUUUGGGUGGCCUGAACUAGAAUCUCCCAGAGGGCUCAUUACAGGUGGUAGGCAGACAGGGCUGGAGCCUGGGCCACACCACAUAUCCCUGAGAGAAAUAUGUUUCCCUGACCAAAAAAGCACAAUAUUAUAUUCUUAAAACAUUCCAGCCCUGUCUGGGUGUUCUCUGCGUGCAUUCCUGUACGUGGGAUUAUUAUUGUAGAGAAUUUAUAAAGUCAUUCAUUUCUCUGGAAGUGUAUGACACGCGUUUUGGUUGAAUGGGCCCAGUGCAAACUGAGAGCCAUGUGGUGCUAUAAAAACACAACAGUAAAUAAAUCAGCAGGGAGAAUUUACACUUCAGCCUUCUGAUUGUUUUUACAUUCAGAGGCUCAGACUGGGAGCCAGAGUGUAAAAUAAAUACCUGGAGCACCAAAAGUGCAGCGUCACACUCCUGCCUACCAGCAGUCGCACCAGCAAAGCCGAGGUUCGUGCAAAGUGAGCGUGUUUACAGCCAGCUGCGGUGACCUUUUUCUCUUUGGCUGCUUCCUAUUUUUCUUGGUGGUACCUCAGAUCUUUAUUAUGGCAUUGUCGGCCCUGGUGCUCCUGCGAGUUGCGUCAGACCCUCGCGGGUUUCAGUGCUUGAUUUUUUUUUCCCAGGGGUUAUUUUUAUCGCUGCUCUUUGGAAAGAAAGAAAAGAGAAAGAAAUCACUCCAGGCUGGAACUGCCAGCUCCUGGGUGUUACCAGGAGGAAAUCGCCCUUUUCAUCCGUGAAAAACAGGAAUGGAAGGAGCCGGGAGAUGGACGUCCGGCUCUGCGCUGUCCCGGUGCCGCCGUGGCACGGGGAGCCCGGCCCUGAGGCUGCACUCCAGCCUGCCCUCGGUGGGAGCCAAAGGGUGCUGCUCCCAUGCUGACAAGGUGUGGAGGUGACAAGGUGACCCUGCAGCUCAGCGCUCUUCAGUCGGAGGAAUUUCUGCUGCGCGUGUCCACGCAUAACGUGAGAAUGUCACCCAGCUGCAAUUACAUCCCAAAGAGGCAAAGGGUGAAAUCAUUGUUGGUGACAUCAAAUUGUUUUCGGAAAAUGAAAGCUAUUCUGAGACGGGUGGAACUUUCCUAGACUGAAGCAAACCUUUUCCGGGCACAAAAUGGAUCGCACGUACCGUGAGGCAGUGAAGCAAGCCCUGAAUUGAGCUUCUCCCUCGGAGCCCCCUGCCUGCCCCAGCUUGCUCUGGCUGAUUUCACCUCUGCUGACCAUUGCACGAAAACAGAUUUUUGUUUUGCUGCCAAAAGAGCACUUGGGUUAUUUACCACCUCAGAGCUGGGUCCAUUGCCAGUUCUGAUGGACCGUUUCUCAUUAGCACUUAACAUCUAUCUGGCCACCGAUGUCUCCUUCAGGACUGAUGAUGCUGAAAUCACCUCUUCCCAUACAAAAUGGCUAAGGGGAGCCAGCACUGAGGUGAUGCCCAGGCGACUUAUGGCACUGCAGUGCUGCUGUGACCCUCCGGCCACCUCUGCCCCAUGGUGGGGGCCUCUGGGGCAGCUCUCGGGUUGACAGCUGUGCUGUGGUGUUUCCCACAGCUCUGCCGUGCCUUCCUGCUCUAAGAGCCUGCUGUGCUUUCUGCACACAACACAAAAUAAUGCUGCUUGUGGAGGUAUCUGAGAGCAUAAGAGAAUGUGGAAUUUGGCUCAGUCGAAGGAAUAUAUUACUGGCAUUUGCACUUUCUGUAUUUUCUUAGUGAAACAAAUCUCUGGUUUAACAAAAGGAUGAGCCACCCAUUUUGGUCGCUGAGAUCAGAUUCAAGCUUGCAAUCCAAAUGCACAUGCAAAAAUGUGAACCCAAACUGUAUCUGCAAGAGAGAUUGUCCCCCCAGUGUGCCAGUGUUCCACUUUUAGCUCUGAAGGUACAGAAACUCUGAAAACUGGAAGCAAAUCAAACUCUAUGAACCCAUUAUACCAGCCAGCUUCCCAUUCUCUUUAAUAAGGUGUUAAUUUUGUUAGCCAGCAGUAGAGUUGUUGGAUAGAGAAAUGGAAUCCCUUUUCCCUGGCAGUCCCAGCUCACCACCCUCCAGGAACCGCUCCCCCCGCUGCUGAGCCCCAUCCCGGAUCUUCCUACUCUGUGCAUACACUUUUCAUGGGUGAGGAAGAUUUUGUUGAGUUUUUGGGUAAUGGAUCCUCUAUGCUCACUUGCUCUCUGUUUGGAUUGUGAAGGGGCCGUUCUGACAAAGCAGUAUUCAGUGGUGGUCUCCAGGAAAAGGCAUUUCUUGCAUUAAAAACAGUAAAAGGCCCAAUGUUUUACAGACAGAUGUCCAUCAACAGCUGGCGCUGGAGUGGGAAGAGAACACCGGAUCUUCUCCAUCGUCACAGUGCCGGGGCUCUGCGUAGCCACUUGUUUAUUUAACAAGCUACAUUAUUAAACUGGACCUUGGGUUGUGAGUGGAAAAGCCACACAGAUGCUUUGAUCAUUUAUAAAGACCUACUUGAGAGACUGCACUUCACCGGGGCUGCAAGGAGGAAAAAGGGCAGAGUCUGUAUUUCACCAGCUUUCACUUAGCUGGGGCAUUGACUCAGCUUGUCUUGACUCAGAUGUCUUUGGACUUGGGCAUAUUUGCAAAUUUAACAGUAUCAGGAUCACACAGCCUGGGCAGCCUGCUGUGCAAGGAACCCCAACACCCAGCUGUACGGAGGCCUCUUUCCCCCAUCCUAAACCACACACCCUGCUGCAGGCAGUGCUCUGUGCAGUGGUGGCCCCUUCCCCAGUCCUGCAAAUCACGCUUGCACUCAGCUUUAAGCGCUUCUCUGUCCCACCAGUCCUUCCUCAUCUGGGCUCUGGCUCAAGCUGUAUGAAGCCCAGAAGGGCUCAUGGGACUCCCACUGAGCCCUGGACCUCUGCUAGCACAUAUAUGGGCUCAGCAGCUUUGUGCCACCAAAAUGUCAGUCCUCUCCAUGCAGCAGCUGCCCCCUAAGUUUGUCACAGCAGCUGUUUCCCAGGACAGGGCAAUGAUUUCAGCUAAGAAGGGAGCAUUUUGCCCAGCUGAGGCUGGCCGGCAGUUUAAACAGGGAAAUGUAGUUACUCCUCUUCAGCAUGGCCUUGAGAUGACACCCAUGGCCCUGCAUGCCAGCGCUGCCUCACCAGGGCACCCCGCCUGCUCGACAUGGGCAACAUGGAGACUUGGGGUGAGCAGUCCGUGUCCAGAGAUGCCUGAUAGCUACAUGCAGAAGGACCACGGAAGGCUGUAGUUAAAGCAAGACUUUCUGAAACGUACAGAAAAUCCAUCAUUGCCCAGCUUAUACCUCUUCUGCCAUCACUUCAACUGGAUAUCAUCUGCCUGGUCACGCCCUGCAGCCCCGCUCACCCCACAGAUGGGAAGGCACAUGGAUGCUCACACUGCUACGGGGACUCGGAGGCACUUUGUGCCCAGCACACACCUUGGGCAGGAGGUUUAGUGAGGAGGCACGCUUUCAGUAAAUGAGUCCAGUGCUGACCCAGUAGCCAGGCAGAAGGAAACCAUUGGGCACAGAGUAACCACACUGCAUUUUGUCUCCAUGAUCAGGAAGGGAGAGUGCUGCAGCAAAAGCUGAGCGUGUUUUCCUGCCUCCACUCGCCUCCAGAGCUGCUUGUCUCUUCUGGCACAGCACAGCACUUCGCACCAGGCCAGGCAAAGCAUUUGUAGAUCUGUCAGAGCAUGAAACAAGGUGGAAAUCGCUAAAACCCGGCAUUGAAAUGAAAAGUGCUCUCAGCACAGGAACAUCAGCAGAAGAACAGGUUCUGCAGAGUGUUCUGCAGUGACUACACACGCCGAUUGUUUGAAGCAGACUUUGGGUUUACAUUUUUUUCUGCUUUGUCAAAUUUGUUCUCCAUCCACAUUUCCAAGAAGUCUAAAAACAUGACGGCACAGCUCAGCCACUGGGCUGAAAAUGUGAUAUUCCCAAAGCUGUUCUGGAGUCCUACAUAUUUUGGACUCUACUCCUGACAAAAGUAACAAAAACAAACGCAAGGAGCAGAUACGUAACUUUAACUAGAACCAGUUUAAGUUUUUGGAUGAUAAAAGCACAGUCGUGAUUUACACUUGACCAACUUGUGUUUCAUUGAAGCCCUACGUGUUCUCCUGUGUGUUCCACUGGGCUGUAACCUCCAGUUGAACACCGUCUGCCUCUGCUAAAGAAAGCAGCUCAAAAAUAAGAAAUUCAGGCUCUGAAAAUGCAACGAGGCCGAGAAAUUCAGCGCUGGAUACAAAGAUGGUCUUUGCUUGCUGUGAGAGCAGAGUUAAUCCUAUUGAGUGCAUCGGCUGCUCUGCUGGAAAGGUUUCACUGAGCAGUUCGCGUUAUUGGAUUAAUAAAGCUUAAUUUUGUGCACAAGAGCCACCAGUGAGCCCCGUUCUUGGGAAUUUCCAUUAUCCAGCACCCGACCUGUGUUGCAGUCUCUCACAGUCCCACGUUUCUUUUUCUCAGUUUUACUCUUUCCCACCCUCAGCGUGCUCUGGCUGCGGAGCAGUCGUGCAAGCAUCCUUGUGCUGGUGGCAGGGACACUGAGAGCACAGCAGUGAGAGCACUGCUCCCAAUACGUCUGCAGCACAGAGCAGGAUGGCCCCACGGCAAAGGAACUUCCCAGCAGUGAAAGGCCAAGAAGACGCGUGGGAUCUCAACACACAGCAGCAGGUUAACAAGUUACCCUUGGAGCUGCCUUCCACAGCACGGCCUGCCUGGAGGAAGGCAUGUCAGACGGAGCUGUGAGAAAUGCACACUUCUGGAUUAGCAUUUCCAGAAUCGACUUAACAGCAUAAAUCCCCCUGAGAGUCAGGGAGACUCGAGGUUGUAUUUCCAAGAGAGUCCAAGCAAUCUGGCAGCCUGCAUCGUGCCCUUCUUUGCCGGUCUUUGUGCUCUGUCCCCAUCACUGACCGGUGUCUCAGUACCUCCAGGUGGCAAAGCUGUGGCACAACUCUGCAGACAAGCACUUAAGUGAUUUCUUACCUUGAAAAUGGGACUCCACCUGCUGAAUCCCUGAGUCCCCAUAGGAAAUAACCCAGUAUGUGUGACAAAAAGAGCCAUCACAUCUCCGUGGAAAUCAGCGCAGCUCCACUAACAUUCAGCAGCUCCGGCAACCUCCUUCAGCUGUCCCACACUGUAAACAAUGCAAUCAUCAUCACUUCUGCUGCAAAGCACGGCAUGUCACAGCCAGGCACAUCGAUCUAUGUGAGUUUAUCACUGCAAGCUCUCUGCACACUAUUUUCUCUGCUGUAUUGAGAGAGCUUCCUGUACCUGUAAGGAACUGCCCUGCGGAGCCCUGUGGCAUCCAUCCCCACUGUGAGGAGGGUUCGUAGCUUUCCCUGGAGACUGAGCUGUUGAUGAGGAAGUUGCUAAGGCUCGGCCUCCCGGCAGACUCUCGGUCCCAUCGGCAGACACAGACUGCUGCUGGGUCCCUGAAGCAUCAGGCAGAUUUUCUGAGUGCUGCUCAGCUCACACAUAGCAGAGUGAUGCCACACAGGGGUGCUAAAACUUCUCGUAUAAAACGUCUUCUUGCAAACCCCAUUGUUCAGCUGUGGGAACCUGCCCCUGUGUCUGGAGGGCAGAUCCAGCAAAGCUGCUCUGGUCCUGCUGCUGCUGACUGCCCAGGGCUUCCUUACCCCCUUCCUGCCAAAGCCCUGAUGCCUCCGGCUGUGUGCUGCCACUGCUACUGAUACUGAAAGCGAUAGAGGAACCAAUACCAAUACUGAAAAGUGCUGCUGUGAGUUGCCUAUAUGGUAUGUUAAAUAAUUUCACCAUAAUAUGGCUCGGGAAACUUUCUCGAUCGUUAUUGUGUGGGGCUGUACACUUCAUUAUCCUACAGCAUGAAUUCGCUUCCCAUUCCAGCUCUCUUUGCAACCCCGUCCAGCACAUCCCAGAGGCAGCACAUGGCUGUCACCUGGGCGUUGUCACCCACUGAUGCAUUCUCCCCACCAGCAGGGAGAGGCACCACGACCGCCCCAGUGCUGGGCUGCAGCCGCAGCCCCCUGGGAGCAGAGCCGGCCCCAAAGGCCGCCCAGCAGCUGACCACUGCCUGAGCAGUAACGCGAGCCUCGGCAAUGGCUACAGUGGUAGACAAACAGUAAUAAAUAAGCAGCAAAGCACUGUGACUUGACAAGCCCUGGGCAUCCCCAGGGAUUUGUAAUGGGAUAUGGAGGUUUUCACCUCCUGCUCUCCAGUUCACAUUUCAAAUCCAGCCCCGCUCCGUAGUGACCAAAGGUCAUUGCCAGGCUCAGUCGCCCGUGCGAAGAUGUAAAUGGCCUCAUUUCUCUAAUUCCUUGAGCAAAGCUCAAGGGAGGACCGGCUUUGUUUUGUUUUUAUGAUGCUGGUGGUACAGGGCAAGAGCCAGGCUGUCUGUGCCUUUCUGUCCCAUCCCCGUCCUGGUCGUGUCUGGCACUUGGUCACCUCCAUGGCAGCUCCCAGGCACUGAGCCCAGACCACGAUGUGUGGUGGGGCUGGCACUGCUCUGAGGUCUGCACCUUGUUUCACUUUUCCCAUCUAUAAAGUGAAUUGAGAGUGUGAAUUUUUGUCCAUCUUCUGCACGGGGCCUGGCAGGUUUGCAGAGCUCACUGUAUGUGUGACACCUCGUGAUCUAAAUGCAGAUCCUUAGGCUGUCCCCAGAGUGGGGUCCUGGCCCCUUAAGCCCCAGUGUCACAGGAGGGCAGCAUACGGGUCCUUCUAACCAAACCCUGCAUGAAAGGCACAUUUAUCAGUAUGGCAACAGCUGUUGUAUGGCUGUUGUAUGUAUGUUGUAUGUGUUGUAUGUAUGUUGUAUGGCUAUCAGCAUGGCAUCAGUAUGGCAACAGCUCCUUCCUGUCCGUGAGGGCAUUGUGAGGAGCCUGGGACUGGUCAGGCUGCAGCUCUCCUUCCUCCAAGUGCCAGGCUGCAGCUGGAACCUGUGGAGGAGCACUUAUGCCCCCCUCAAGCCCUGUUCCACCCUUCUGGCAGGGAAGUGGCCAUGACAGGGCUCUUGCUGUCCCUAUGUCCUCACGGGAGCGCAAUGCCAGUGCUUACAUCUUGUAGCAGUCCUUUGCAGUGGCCCCUCCAGCCCGCACAUUUCUCGUUCCUUUCAGUGUGGUAUAGGGUUCAUUUUCCUUUGUGGUGAUGGCCAGAGCCGCUCAGGGCUGGCAGAGGGACCUGCAUAGGUUUGCAGAUUGCUCUGGAUUCCCAUGCACGGAGGUGUUUUAUAAAUAUCCCCUAUUAUUAUGGUGCUCUAUUAAUAACCACCUUGGGGAACAAUGGGAGCACGUAACAGCUUUGGUCAUCCGAUACCAACCAGGCAAGGCUCCGUGGGGCCAUGGGACAUUCCCAGAAAAGCAUCUAUUUGGGGAAGCACACCAUUUGCACAUAGGCCUGCAUGGGGCCCUGGAGGACACCGGGCCGCCGUGAGGGCUCCUGGCAACGCACUGCCCCACAGCCUUGGCCCAAAGCGGGAUGUGGUGGCUGCCAUCCUGUCCAUACAGCAACCUCACGCAGUGUGAGGGAUGCGUCAGGGUGCGACCCGUGGAAUCCGGUCCUGCCCUUCCUCCUCCUCAGCCGCAGCCGGGCAAGGAGGGCAGGCAGGGUAGGGACCAGGGCUCACAGUGGAUUUGGUUCUUUGCAGACUCUCUCAGGGUUGCGGGUCUUGCAAAAUGUGAUGUUUUCCUGUGUGUUCCUGUUUCUGGAGUCCUGGAGUUACCCAUUAACUCCACAUGCACUUUUUAACAGGUUUUGGCUUCAUUUUAGUAGCCUAAGUAAAGAAUAGAGGGAAACAAAAACUAUUAUUUUAAGAGUGUAAUGAUUUUUCAGGCUAUCUUCUGAAUUUGGAGACAGGGAUAUUUUCAAUUCCUGAGCUGAGCAGGGCACAGACUAGACUUCUCCUGGUGGCUUUCCUGUGUGUUUCCCUAGGCUGGGCUUGGUUUGGGUGCAGAAGUACUGAACACUCCCGGGGAUGCGUGCUGUCCAUUGUCACAGCCACAGUGUCUGCAAGGGCACGAGCAGUUCAGGAUGAGACAGCUUCUGGGGAGCCUCAGUGCUCACUCAAAAGGCAUUUUGGGGUGAGAUCUCCAUGCAGGCUCAUUGUGCUGAGGAUACAGCAGCAGGGCUCAGCAGAAGAAGAGGAGGAAGACCCGGAGGAGCUGAGCGCUGUUCCUCUGCCAGGGGCGCCGGGAGCCCCGCUCCCACUGACUGUUACCAUCCCUGCUUGGGACCCCGCCAGGUUCACCAGGGAAAACGGCGUGGGGCUUUUGUCACAUUGUUGCUGAUGGCUGGGCACUUCCUGAGCCUUUCCAGCAUGGCGGGGAUGGGGAGCGAGAGGAAAACGGAACCUUUUUUUUAUUUUCCUUCCUUUUGCAAAUUCUGUGUGAUCACAAAAAGCCAUAUUGCAGCUAAUUUUCCUGCUCUAUUCACACGGGCAUUUCACAAGGGCACAGGAAUUCCUCUGUGAGGGCCAUGGGUCCUCUGGUGCCCAGCAGCCAUGCAGCAGCUCAGCACGCUCCCCCAGCCACCACCUGAUUGCCCCCUGCACUCAGCAGUGCAGGUGCAGCGUUGGCUUUGCGUCCCACCCCCAGUGGGAGUGAGUGGAAGCGGAGGCAAUUGCAGAGCCCUUUGAUGGGACAGAGAUGGGCAAAAAGGGGGCAGAGGAGGGGCUGUACCUAACCUGAAUGUUUCCAGGGUCAUGACAGGAGUCCAACCCUACGCGGGCAGGACGUGGUGUGGAUGCUUCUGCUCAUGAGAGCUUGUGUGGUCAUGUUGGCAUCCUCUCACCAUGCUGCAGUUUGCCACUAAGCAAAGACUACUGACUCCCAGGGUGCUUCAGUGGUGUCUGGUCUGGGAAUGGCCCUCCUCACACCCUGGGCACUGUUCAAGCAAGGGGACCUGGCUCCAAGCAUCUACCACCUCCUAAUUCCUCCCUGGUUCGGUUUUCACUUGCUUUCCCUUAGUAAGGACAUUCUUUUUCUUUUUACCAACUGCAAAGCCAGGGAAACUUAAUACUAGUAUUAAGAAAAAUACUUUUCAAAUUAUCCUUUAGUUCCAACAGCUUAAUGUCCUUACACAUGCUUAGUGUGGAGUUUCAGCCUCAUCUGUCUGCAGCAGCAGAGCUCUCCUUGGUUAAGAGCAGCAGGACUGCUCUUAAGAGCUUUCAUGUUGACUUGCCCAUCUCCCAGCCACCUGUGGGGAGGAGCGGCCACGUGGAGCACUGGGUCUUGGGAGGAGCAGGAACAGCUGGUUAUGUUUCUAAGGCUGUACCCACCUGUGCCAGAAAGGAGGGUUUCUUUACCCCUGUGCUCUGGGGUUGGCUCACAGAGCAGGAACUGCUUCCCGUAACUUCAGCAUGGCCAAAGCCCUGCUCUGUGCUCUACGUGUCCAGCACUGAGCACAGGGAAAGACUGACACGUGGCUCGAGCCUGGGCAUCUCAUGCUGUGGCUGGAGGCUGUGCUGGUCUACUGUGUGACCCCUCCUCACACAGCCCUUGAUGCAGCAGAUAGCACCUGAUAAUUGAUUUAACUGUAUCAUUAGUUUUGGGACUACAGAGGAGUUAGCUAGGGGCUGUGAACUGGUUAUGCUGAACUUGGUGCAGAGGCCCAGGCUUUCUUGGAGGAAGCCGAGCUGCAGGGCACAGCAGAGCACCCUCGAGCCAGUGCUGCCUUGCCUGGCUUGCUCGGGGCCAGAGGACGCAGGUGGGAGCACCCAGCCCAGCCCACCCUGCACUGUGAUACCCUGCACAGCCACCCCAAACCUCAGGGCUGGGAAGGCCUGGUAGGGGCUGACUCAGGAGAAACGCCUGGAAAAUGCUGACACAAGUCAGAGCCAAGGGAGGGUAUGGCAAAUGUUGUUGUAAGAAGGACAUAGCAGGGGGAGGUUGAUGUGCAUGCAGAAAACAGGCCUGGGGAGAGAACUUGUGUGUCCCCAUACAUUCCCAGUGGUGGUCACUGACCUUUCUCAUGUUCACUGCAGAAAAGAGAAUGUCAAAUGGAUUGAAUAGAUGGCUAGGGCAGAACAGGGGAAAGGCAGUACCUUGCAGGUGGGUGAGUGGGCUCAAUAUCGCUAUGUCACAGCAGCACCUAAUGCCAUGUUUCCUGCUUGGCAUGGCUGGGAUCCCAUUAGCUCGGCAAACCGCUGGAAUCUCCUCCAGCAGGCCUAGCAGCGCCGUGGCAGAGGGCAGGCGAUGCCCACGGAGGGGUUGCCUGGGGAAGGCGCUGCCUCUGCGGCCCAUGGUGGAGUGGGGACUGCAGAUUCCCACCAAGUGAACCAACAGGAGCACGGCCACACACAUUGUCCCCUCUGGGACGGCUGGGGACCACCAGGAGUCUGAAAGGAACCAGCCAGAGUCAGCCUGAAAAAUGGCCCCGCACAACCUCACUCCUCACAGCCAUCCCUGCUACUGCGUGUAGAAAUGAAAUCUGUCUUCUUAGAAGGGUUUGCUGCCCCAGAAAGGGGAUUGUUUAGCUAAGAUUCACAUUCACACAAUGAGACCUUUAUGGCUUGUAGGCAAAGAAAAGGCACCAGUGCAGUCCCGUCUCUCAGUAAAACAAAGGGUUGUUUUCAGGUUACGGAGCCUUCUUCUCACUGCUGUAGGAAAAUGCUAAAACUUUAGACAAAAACUGGCAACUGAAAUUUUUGCAAGCAUGACAGCAGAGCCCCAUUCCAGCUGAUGGUGUGCACUGGAGGGCAGGCUGAUGCACAGCGAGCUCAGUGCGGGGUCCCUGGGGAGCUGAGGCCUUGGGCAGACAGCACGGCCAAGAAGCACUGCGAGAGGGAGCAAGCAUUCCGUGAGCUGGGAGAGCCCUGGGAUGGCGAUGCUUUACUGACCUGGGGCGCUGGGCUGCCCCAUCCUGCCAGUGCUGGGCUCUGCCUGAUGCUCGGUGUGUGGCACAGGGGCAGCACCUGAGCUCCGGCUUCAUUUUCACCCCUGGAGGCCUUUGCAAAGCUUCUUGGUGCUCCCGGCUCAUCAGCUGUAACACAAGCUCCAAGGCUGAACUCAGUGCCUCGCCCCGAUAAAUGUGUGUGUCCCACACAGCGCUUCGGGCUGAGCGGCCCACAGGUGGGCAGCACAGCUGUGCCCUCUGCUGCAAAGGGGCCGUGGUAGCAAACGCCCACCUCCCCUCAUCACCACUGGGAUGCCCCUCCCCGCAGAGCACCGGGCAGCGCCCGUACAUCUGUCAGCCCGCACAGCUCGGCCGGGAUCCUGUGCCCUCCCCGGGGUUUUCUGGGAGAGGAACCACAUCACCCCAACGCGGAGCUGCCCUUCGCCCCCUUCCUCUCGGCAAAUAAACAAGGAGGUGCUGACAGCUGCCAGGCUUACCCAGAGGCGUUCUGACGGACAAUUGAAUCCCUGCGGCACGGCAGAAACCCUGGUGUGAGUCAUGUCCAUUUAAAUAUGGAAGCACAUCAUAAAACCUAAUGGAGAGUCCAAGAGUCGCCGCCGCCGCCGAGCACGCAGGGAAGGGAGCGCUGGAGGAGCGCAGCGGCGGCCGCAGCGCGCCCGCCCGCCCCGCCGCCCGCACGCAGAAGAUGCACUUCAGUACCGUCACCAGGGACAUGGAAGCUAUCUCCAGCCCCUGGCUCACCCAGCUGUCCCAUUUUUGCGAUGUUGCAGCUUUCACGGCCAACAGCCUGAGCAGCCUGAACGCCUCCGGGGGGUACCACCUCUCCCCCUCCCCGGGGGACCCGUACGGACAGCAUGAACCGCCGCACUACGAGCCCUGCACGGCUCAGCAGCACCCGCACCCGCCGCCCCAGCCGCAGCACGGUUACCCCUUCGGCGGGGCGGCGGCGGCCGGGGCCAACCCGCCGCCUCCGGGCCCCGAACCGCCCGACGGCGCCGGGGGAGCCGCCGCGGGGCCCGCCGCCGUCUCGGGCUGCUCCGCGGGGACGGCCGCCGCGGCCAAAGCGCCGGUGAAGAAGAACCCGAAGGUGGCCAACGUGAGCGUGCAGCUGGAGAUGAAGGCGCUGUGGGACGAGUUCAACCAGCUGGGCACCGAGAUGAUCGUCACCAAGGCCGGCAGGCGCAUGUUCCCCACCUUCCAGGUGAAGAUAUUCGGCAUGGACCCCAUGGCUGACUACAUGCUCCUCAUGGAUUUCGUCCCCGUAGACGACAAGCGCUACCGGUACGCCUUCCACAGCUCCUCCUGGCUGGUGGCCGGCAAGGCCGACCCCGCCACGCCCGGCAGGGUGCACUACCACCCGGACUCCCCGGCCAAAGGGGCGCAGUGGAUGAAGCAGAUCGUCUCCUUCGAUAAGCUCAAACUGACCAACAACCUGCUGGACGAUAACGGCCAUAUCAUUUUGAACUCCAUGCACAGAUACCAGCCGCGCUUUCACGUGGUCUACGUGGACCCCCGGAAAGACAGCGAGAAAUACGCGGAGGAGAACUUCAAAACCUUCGUCUUCGAGGAGACGCGCUUCACGGCCGUGACCGCCUACCAGAACCACCGGAUCACGCAGUUGAAGAUCGCCAGCAACCCUUUCGCCAAGGGCUUCAGGGACUGUGACCCGGAGGACUGGCCCAGGAACCACCGGCCCGGGGCCCUCCCUCUCAUGAGCGCUUUUGCCAGAUCCCGGAACCCGGUGUCAUCCCCUGCACACCAGAACGGGACGGAGAAAGAUGCCGCCGACGGCCGCCGGGACUACGAGCGGGAGGCGGCGGGCGGCGCGGCGCUGCAGGCCGAGGCGGCGCACCAGCAGCUCAUGUCGCGCGUGCUCAGCCCCGCGCUGCCGGGCGGUGCCGGCGGCCUCGUGCCCCUGAGCGGCGGCGGCCGGCCCAGCCCUCCGCACCACGAACUGCGCCUGGAGCCCGCCGCCUCGGAGCCGCUGCACCACCACCCCUACAAGUACCCUCCGGCCGCCGCCUACGACCACUACCUGGGGGCGAAGAGCCGGCCCGCGCCCUACCCGCUCCCCGGCAUCCGCGGGCACGGCUACCACCACCACCACCACCAUCACCACCACCACCACGUGAACGCGGCCGCCAACGUGUACUCCCCGCCCGCCCCGCCCGCCAACUACGACUACGGGCCGCGAUAACGCGCCUCGGCGCGAGGGACCGCCGCGUGCUGCGACCGUUAACCGUCCUCCCCCCCCGCGCCUUCCCGCCAUUCCCUCUCCCGCCUCGCGAGCGAGCCGAUUGGUCAGCUCGAUCCGAUCGACGUCCGGACCGGCCAAUCCCGCGCCGCCGGGCUGUGAGGGAGGCGGCGGGCCGCGAGCUGCUCCGCAGCUGCACUUUGCUAAACGAAGCCAUGUGCCGUCACCUCCCUUCUCCCGGUCCCCGCGCCUCGGUUCUGGCCUACGUCCAACGUGCGGACCGCGGGGCCCCGGGAAGAGGGCAGGAGGACGGGGAGCGGUGAGUGAGGAGCGGGCACCGAGCCCCGGACAGCGGCUGGGGGCAGGGAGCGGCGCCGUCUGCUCCGGGGUUCGCAGCAGCAGUAGAGGAGGAAGGGGCGGGGGGUCCGUGGCCCUGCGGAGCUCGGCUCAGCGGCUGGCUGGAGUGGGGGGGAGGGGAAGGAGGGCCGAGGAACAGCGGUAAGGCCGGGGACGGCGGUAAGGCCGGGGGGAGCGGCGGUGAGGGCGGUGAGGCGGCGCGGUGUCGGCGCUCUGUGGGGCGGUUCGGGCACAGCUGCGUUUUCCGGAGCUCUGAUGAAGCGCCGCAGCCCGGAGCACCGCCACGUGCAGCUCCUCGUUAUCACAGAAAUCGGGACUAAGAUUUAAAAAUCAGGGUGGGGAUGGAGGGAACGAACGUCUUCAGAGGUCAGGCUGUGCGUUCGCAGCCAUUGCGUGUGAGCUGUGCUCCUGCAUCUUUUCCUGCGCUCCUGGUGCUGUGUCCCGUCCCCCCCCCCCCCCCCCCAUGCCUCUUAGGGGUGCGUCCCCAGAAUGCCCCUCUCUCCUCUUCUCUGUGGCUGCCCCAAGCUGCAGUAGUCCCAAAGCACCUAUCUGCACCUCCCUGUUUGCUGCAGCUUCCCUCUUAAAGCUGGUAAGUACUUCUGGUUUUUUGUCCUUAAACUUCUCCUCCGGUCUUUCCUUAAUUGCUGAGGAGAUGAGCCUGUCUGUCACACUUAUCCAGCCAUGUGUUUUGAGUAGCUGGCUUGUGUUCUUUGUCAGAAGGUCGCUGACUGUCAAUUCUUUUAUGUUCAGAGAAGGUAUUGAGCAGCUCUGCGUGUUGGUAUACAGUAUUAUAAAUGCGUUCCUGAUUCUUCCACUAUGAAAAGAAGAGGGGUCAUUGUUAUUUUUUCUUUUUUUUUUUGGAGUCCUCUGUUCAUGUUUGUGCAUUUUCACUUCAAACUGCAACUGUUUACUGGUGACUUCUAGAGUAUAACCCUUGUGUUGUGCAGGUGGCAGCGUUAGCAGCAAUGCUCAUUCUGUCUCUGGCAGCUGGCAUUGGGCUCACAAAGUGUUUUGGAAGGGUGUGAGAAGGGGUGCAGGCUAAUGGGGACAUGUCAUGUAUUUUUUUUUUUGUUAUAAAAAUAUAUCUGGAUCCAUGAAAAAGAGUUGUGCAAGAAAUAUGUAUUUUUUGACAUUUGCAGUGAAUUGUGAGAUUCUUAGUGUCUGACAAAACCAUAACUAAUGUUCUCAGAAAGGUUGAUGUAAAAUAGCUUUGUGCUUAGGUCUCUGAUGUGCUCUGUUGCUUUGCUGCUGUUACUUCACAGUUCUCAGUUAUGAAUUGUUAUCUGUAAAUGGAUUAGUGCCAAAGCUUUGGUCAAACCUUUAAUGAAGUUAUAUUUAUUAUUUCUUUCAAAGGGUAUACAAACAUUUUUUUCUUGAUAGUUGCAACAUAAGGGAAAAGUGAAGAUAACCAAAGAAUCGUAUCUGCAAACAGUGUAGAUAAUUGUAGAUAUUUGUAGAUAUAUGUAGAUAAUCAUGUUACGUUUAAAUUGAAAAGACAUUAGACAAUGGCAUUUAUAAAUGUUUUUCCUCUUCUUUCCCUUUCUUUCUUUUCUUUGUUUGGUUACUUCUGUGUGUCCAUCAGUUUGUCUGCUCUGAAGUUGAAGCCUCCCCUGCAAGAGGAGGCCGUUAAGUAAGGAGGGGUGCUCAACUGGAGCUCCAGGAGUUGUUUACCCUGAGCAAACAGUGGGUCUUCAUAGGUGGUUGCCCCCUCCCUUUUGUCUCCCUGGUUGCUGGUGGUCUCCCAUUAUGCAGCAGCUUGCAGGGUUGGGGUCUUACGUUGAAAUGGAUACGGUGCACUUCUAUUUAUGUUUGUUAGCACCUGUUUUCUUUAAACAUACAGAGAGUGCAGCAGGAGGUGCCUCUGGCUCCUACUGCAGACUGGCCACACGCUUUUUCAAAUCCGUUCUGCUUCCCAAGCGCUGAGAGGACUGAAUGACCCGACAUCAGGAAUACAUACUUUGUGCUCUUGCAGAGAGUGACAGGUCCUCUCGAGGUCCUUGCCCUGCCUGUAGGAAGCACAAUGUAUCUCUUUUAGAAGAAAACACAGAACUUCCACCUAGGACUGUGGGCACUGGGCCCCGAGGGUCACUAGGCUGUCCUCUGUGCUGUCUUGCAGGAGCGGAGAGUCCUGCUCAGGAAUGGGAAGAACAUGACACUGUGUCAGGCCUAUCAUUUUAAGUGUUAAAAUGGUGUUUCCGUUCUUUCAUUGUUGGCUUUUGAGCUAUCAAUUUGCAAGGUGCUUUCCUAUGUUAGUAUUAGGCUUGCUAGCAGUCCAUUUUGCAUCAUGUUUUAGCCCUUAAAGCAUGUUGCCUGAGGGCUUUCACCAGCAUUUCCUCCUUGUGAGAUGUCCACACCUUGCUGGAUGAGAAUUCCAGAUAUGAGAAAUACAACCAAUUAUUUUUCUGUUGUAACAGAAAAUUCACUUACAACGAGCAAACAUGAAGUUUGGAACGCUGUACUUGGAGCAGUGGAAACCUUUUGGAAACAACAGAAAGCUGUAAUGCUUUAAUUUCAUGUUACCUGUCAGCCAGUUGGUCGAGAUAUAAAUAAGGCAUGGCUUGUG